UUUCUGGCUGUUGGUGCUAUUACUUUGGGAAUUGGUUUCUUUGCUUUGGCAUCAGCUUUAUGGUUCCUGAUCUGCAAACGAAGAGAAAUAUUUCAAAAUUCUGAAUUUAAAGCCACUGAUGAGAGAUGGAAGCAAAGACUUUCAAAGGCAAAGACUGAAUCUGGUUCUCACUGUGUUUUUAUUUCUCAAAAUUUUCAUGCUGGAAAAUUCCAGUCACAGGUAGACAAAGAAAAAAAGAAAACAGUACGUAUAAAAGCAAUUAAAGACCACUCCAAAGAUGAAUUCAGCCUUGCAACAAAAAAGGUCCUUUGCGACACCUUAGAGACUAGCUCAGCAACAAAUUGCAGCAGUGUUCCUUCAAGCUUUUCAACAUUACAAUAUGAUUCUUAUUACAGCCAAAGUAUAGAAGCAGCUGAUGACUGGUUUUCUGAUGAUUCUCUAGAGAAAAAGAACUUUCCAAUGCCUGUUCUCAAGGAACCUCUAAUGGAAAAAGCAUUUUCAUACCUGUCAACCAUUCCAUUAGAAGGAUGUACUGAAAAUGUACUGAAUACGCCACUUUAUGAUGAUCAGAAAGGUGACAGCAUUAAGGAAAUAUUUUCACAAAGAAAUACAGAGGUUGAAAUACAAAAGCUUCAACAUAAUAUUGAAUAA